AUGAGCCAUACUCCAACAACUAAUACUGGGCACAGUGUAGGAUUCAUCAUGGAGGACGGGGAGCUUACUGGCGGUUCUCCAUCUGCAACAGACAUGUACAACCCCGAAUACGAGUGGCCUGGCGAUUCGACAUCCACCGAACGCGAUGACAGCCCCACAACCUCAGAUCCUCCAUUGAGGAAGCGAGGGAGGAGUAUGCCCUCACUUCGUUUGAUCGUGGCUCGGUCCUCUAUUCUUCCGUCGAAGUAUAGGAUUGCCAGCGCUGAUGCACAUUGGGAAGUGCAAUUCGGACGUGAUAUCGCCCCAAAUGGCUCCACAACGCCACGUAUACGACUGAAAGAGAUGGAAGUUUCCAAACUCCAUGCAACAGCUUACUGGGACGGAACAAGACGAGAAUGGAGUGUCGUUGACAUGGGUUCAAAACAUGGGACGUUUUUGCGUUCUAACUGUGGAACCUCUGAACUUGUUGGCACCGGGGUGCGGUUAUCGCCAUCCAGAGUAGCAAGUAUACCUCGACGACUGAAUCAUAUGGACCAACUAACGUUGGGAAGUACGACGUUCAUUAUCCACAUCCACGAUGAGUACCCAUGUGAAGAAUGCUCCCCCCUCGCAGGAGAAGAAAUACCACUCUUUCCCGUUUCUAAACAUAAAUCGGCUAAGCGAACAAGGGACGUGGCUGGCUUAGACUCAAAUAUACGACCAUAUUCGCCCAAACCAGACGGAGAUCCAAGAAAAGCCCUGACCAUGCUGAAGCACAGUCUUCUCCGGAAUCAUGAUGCUCGGAACUCACGGUCUUCUAUACGAACGGCAGACCUUGAUGCACAGUAUGUUGACAGAGCGGCUCGUCGACGUCAGUUCCAUCCUUCUUCACACCCCGACGCGCCUGGUGUGUCGCCUUUACCCGUGAGGGUCAAUUCACCGUCUUCCGAUGGCAUCUUAGAGAACCCUACGGAUGCGCCAGUAAUAUCUGAGCCCCCUGUUCCUUUGCCAACGACAAAUAUCGGACAUAGACUCUUAAUACAGCAGGGUUGGGAACCAGGCAGUGCGCUUGGGAUGCCUCCUGAAGAGGGAAGAGUUGCACUGAUUGAACCACUCGAGUUGAGUACGACGAAAGGUCGAUCGGGAAUAGGUAUUCGAAAAGAUGCUUCAGAGAUGUUUGAUAAUAGGGAGAAACGGAAGAGAUUCAGCAAUUUGCGGUAG